UACGUGUGGAGAUCGUCCGCAAUGGAAAUGCAGCCGUGGCAUCAUGGCUUCUAAGCAUGUUAAUGGCAGGGGCGCCUACUCCUGCAUCUGCCCUCCCAAAUGCUGGUCAUCACUGGUUCUCGUUUGAAUGCUUUGGAUCUCAAUGCAGGUGCAAGCGUGUUGCACCUUAUAACCCAUCUUCCACCACCCAUCUCCUCCCUGCUGCCAACCCAACAGUUGAUGUGUGCGGUUCCUACUCUACCAACCCCUGCGCUGUGGGGACAUGCAUCAAUGAUGGCAAGGGCGCCUACUCCUGCAUCUGCCCUCCCAACUACGUUGGCAGCAUAACCGCUGACAACCUCCCCACCUGCGACCUAGCCAACACAACAGCCUCCAUGUUGACAGUCAACGGCGCCAACUGGCGGUGCUCGGAUGUUUCCCCUGUGGUCAGCGUCUCCUUGGCUGGCUUCACGUCGCAAAACAUGGCUGUUAAGUGCGACCAGCCUUUGCCACAGGGCAAGGUGAUUGCGCUGGGAAGCGCUCCCGCCACCCCCUGCACUGCAUUCUUCUAUGCCCUCAAAGGCGACACGUGCUCCUCUAUCAGCGUCCAGCUGGGACUCGCAUCGACUUACCUUGCCUCUCUCAAUCCCGGGCUGGACUGCUCUGAGCCCAUCAAGGCGGGCCGCUCUCUCUACAUCGAGCGCAACGCCACCUUCGCCUUCACCAUCCCUCGGUGCUUGCAGUACAGCAUGCUCUCACCUCAGGACACGUGCGAGAGCCUGCUGCUGCAGAGCAUGGAUUCAAGUGGGGAUGGGUCCACAGGGGUUCAAAUGAUGACUGCCAGCUGGAUUGGUCUCUACCGCAACAAUCCUGGCAUCAUCUGCCCCCGUACCACCCCUGCCUCCAGUGCCUCUGUUGCCAGCACGCAGGUGAGGGUUGGAAUGUGA